AUGAAUGACACGAAUGUGACACCUUUCGAUUUAGAAAACUCAACAUCGGAGAGAAUUGAAAUAUUUUAUCAAUUGGCAUUUUUUCUCAUUGGAACUCCAAUCAACGUUGUCGCGUUAAUCAAAUCUAGUAGAAAUGUUCGAGAAGGUGGUGUUGAAUCACGUCUCGUUACGCUAAGUCGACAAUUACUCAUUGCUCAUAUUAUGGUAUUAUUUGUAUAUGGAGUUUGGAGAAGUUAUUGGAUCUAUACAAUUGUUUGGACACAAGGUAAUGAAGCUCAACGUAAUUAUGAAACUCUAAAUCAAACAAUUUCCGAAUUUCAGGUGAUAUUAUGUGCCGAUUAUUUAGUUUCCUAUGUGCAUUACCGUUUCAUCUUUGGUCAAAUAUGGUUGCUGCAAUAGCAGUUGAUAUGCUAUGUUGUAUAACAUCUCCUUUGAGUAGUUAUCGAACUGGAGCAAGUCGAGUGAAUUGGUUAAUUUCAAUUGCUUGGGGUUGCGCUAUUUUGUGUGCUAUUCCAAUGACUGUUGUUAGAGGAAAAGUUAAAAUUGAUGGAUAUGAUCUUCAUCAAUGCUAUCCGGAUCAAAAUGUUAGUUUUACAUUAGAUUUUUUCACGUAAAAACCAUCUCAAGUUUUCAUUGAAAAAAAGAUAAAAUUUAUUUUUAAUAAAAACGUGAACUACAAGGCAAUCGUUUCCUUUUUGGGUCAGUGAUUUCUCUGCGUCUCCUUCCCUUUAACCAAUGGCUCUCUGACAUGUUAUUUCAUGAAUUGAUUCUGAUUCGGUGUUUUUCAAAGCAUCAUUAUUCAAAAUUCUCACUGGCUUCUGCAAAAUCACUCAUGUUCUCACAUUCAGUUUUUACUCAUAUUCAGAUUUUUUCAGCUGUCUGAAAUGAUUCAAUCUUUAUCACCCUAAAAUACUCACUCCAAAGUUGUACUUUUUUCAGAAAUACAGUCGGGACUUUCUUAUUGUCUUCAGUAUGUUUCAUGUUCUCACAACAUUUUAUAUUCCACUGAUUGUUGUUAUUAUUUGCUAUUUCCUAAUUGGUCUUUCACUUCGUCGACAAAUGGCCGAACGAAGAUUACUUCAGGUUGGUUUUGAUGAUAUAAUUUAUUUAAUUUCAAAGAACACAUCGUUUUUUUUCUUGCAUUCUUGAAUACGAGACAACAUUCGCGUUAUUCGCAAUUAAUUCUCAUGUACUCUUGUACUUGUAGUUUUAUUCCUAAUUUGUUUUUUUUUUUCGCUUCUUCUUCAUUUUCCCCUGAAGUCAAGUUAGGGAAAGAAAAUCACGUUUUUUUCUAGGAUGGUGGACAUGGACACAAGAAUUCAAAUACCAAAGCGAGGUUUUUGAGAGCAUCAAUCGCGAUUAUUUGUACAUUUUUCUUCACAUGGUUACCAUAUCAGAUUCUUGCACUUUUACGUGUUAUUUGUGAAGAAGAAUGUAGUGAUAUUCUGAGUAAACUUAACUGGUUACAAGCUAUUAUUAUCGCGAGGUAUAAUAACAGCUUUGACAAUAAAAAUAAUAUCAAAAUAAUUUUUUUCAGUACUUGUAUCAACCCAUUUUUGUAUCGGUUUGGAAGUGAUCCAAUAAAACGUAACUCUCAUUAUUGUAGUACAAUGGAUACAGCUGGUAAGGAGGUAUGCAUGGUGGUUUGUUUCUCUUCCAACUUCUACAUCUGGUGGUUUUUCUGUCUAACUUUUCUUUAACUAUCUUUUUUACUAACUUUCAACUAGCAUGAGCAUUUUUAACAACAUUUUUUGCACUUUUAAAAAGAUUUUCAGAAAAACUACAAGAUUUCUACAAUCAAAAUAGCUUUCUGAACUUGAAUAUUUUUAGGAAGUCGUUCAGUCCGGAGAUCGACGACGUUACGUGAAGUCGAAAAUCAACGACUCGAUGCUCGAAAUCCGAGAUGUGGUGCGACUAAAAUCAGCGCAAAGCGACCAACACCUGCCGCAAGAUACAGUCGCGCAACAACGAUACGAGAACAGAAGCGCUUCACAAAUCGACUUAAAAACACUAAAAGUAAUGAAGUGUAA